AUGGGGUACAGCUGGGAACAACACCGGCAGACAUGCUAUCGUCUGUACGUCGAGGAAAAUCGGCCACUGGAUGAAGUGGUGCAGUACAUGCGCGAGCACCAUGACUUCACUCCUAGCCGGCGCGCCUUCCAGGGCGCUUUCGCGCGCUGGGGAUUCCCCAACAAGCUAAAUCCGGCCUACAAGAACGAGCGGCUUGUCGCACGGGUAAAGGAACUGUGGGAGCGGAACUUGUCCCAGAAGGAAAUGCUCUCACUGCUCGCCGAGGAGGGCUACAAGGUCGGCGAGCGCGAGGUGGCGCGGAUCCGGGCCAGGAACGGGUGGUUGAUGAGGGGUAGAUCCGGGCUCACCGCUAUAGGCACCCUGGGACGGCAGCGGACCGAGAGUUCCGAGGGCGGUGCUGACGUGCAGGACGGCGGCGGCGGCGGCGGCGGGGUUCCCGGCGGGGCGAGCACUGAGGGCAACCAAGACCAAACCAAUUACUGGGAUUACGGGGCGAGUGGGCUCGGGCCGGCAGACGCCCAGGUGCAGGAGGAGACCCUCAAUGCCAUGCGCGACGCCCGGAGGGAGUACCGGAAGCGGGUGCUCGAAGCCGAGGCCCACGAGAGGUGGGUGACCAAGAAGCGACGGCGACACACCAGGCCGUACGGCGGUCUGCCGGCCGACCCUCCCGGACCGCCCCGCUUCCCCUCGGAGACGACCCUGUCCGAAGCCAAGGAGAUCCUGCAAAUGGACCGGAGCGCCUACAUGGCGACGCGAGAGAAGUUCUACGACCUCUGCCAGACUGCGGGGGUCUACAAGAAGACGCUCGUCGGGCCCGAGCGGUGGGAGGCGCUCAAGGACCAGCUCGUGCGCGAGAGCAUGCACCUCCGCGCCGUCAUGUGGGACCGGGCAGACAUGGAGAAGAAGAAGCUGGCCAUCGAGAUCAUCUGCUGCGACGUGACCAAGAGGAUCCGGACCGAGGCCACCGCCGUAAAGGUGGCAGACGCAAAGGUCAUGCUUGGGUUGAACCCGGAGGAGGGCAGGUCGGUCCGCAAACAGCUCUACAACAUACUGGCUUCGGAGAAGUUCACGUCGAUGCUUGAGGAGGGCCUGGAGUACUUUGAGGAGCUGAAGCAGCGGUGGAUUGCCGAGUCGCCCGAGCUGAGCAGGUCGAUCGCGGCAGGGACAGCCGAUCCGGACUACCAGCGCAAGGUCAAAGCCAUCAACGUCCUCUGCCGGGACGCCGUGAGGAGAUACCGGUCCGACCGAUCAUCGCGACAGGUCCCAGCAGAACCCGCGGCCGGAGCGGACCGUCAGGUGGCGGAUGGCCCACUCGGAUCCAGCACCUCGGCGGCUGCGGAGACCCAGAACCCGCUCCUGGCUAUGCAAUCCCAUGGAAACGCCACGGCUCAGCGAGGACAGACAUCGCAACAAGGGCCGCCGCCGCCGCAACAACAACAACAACAGCAGCAGCAGCAGCAGCAGCAACAGGCAGGGCAGCAACAACAGGGAACACCACCGCGGGCAUCCUCCAGUGGAAUCGCCGCCUUCUUCCGGCUAAGCCCGGCCGCCCAGCUAAUGUUCCCGGGCGUGCAUGCGCAGUGGAUCGCCCCGCUCAGCGAGCGCACCAUGGCGGAGCUGCGGGGCGCGGCUCUGCAGAAGACGCCCGGCGGGCUGUGCUACAAGAUCGAGGGCGUGGUCAAGGACGGCAAGGGCGGCGAGCUGCCGCUGCCGGUGAGCGACGAGGUCGAGCUGGAGACGUACCUGCAGCACGUGCAGAGCGAGGGCCCCGGGGCGCCCACUUUCCACGUCCACGUCGUGCCGGGGGGAUGGUGA